AAGCAAAACUAGUUAACACUUUUCUCCUUCUUUCUUUAUCAAAUGUGGAAUCGAAAACUCUACUCUUAAAACAUUUAAAGAUUGUUCUUGUAACACCCCCAGACCCCACUUUAAUAUGUGGCUCAAACUUCUCCUUCUUCUUUGAUGACUUGGCAUUUCCCUUCAAAUCCACCCACAAUUCCCAAUUCUUAAUAUUCUUUAGUCCCACCUUACAGCUACUUACCAUCCUCUGUAUUUCUGUGAAAGAAAAAAGCUCAAAAAGAACUUUUUUUUUUUCUAAAAAUGUCAGAAAGAUUUGAUCCUUCAAUAAAGCUUUUUGGGAAGAUGAUUCAAUUGGGUUUUACUAAAGAUGAAGAUUUAGUAAUUGCUUCAAGAAUUCAACCAUUUACUGAUGUUUCUGCUUCUACAAAUGAUGAUUUUGAUGAUUCUGAAAGAGUUAGUUCUCAUCAGAACAUUCUCUGUUCAAAACAUGAGAAAAACAGGGGAAUUAAGAGCAAAUGUCGGCAAUCUUCAACAAAUUGUAUUCCAAAUUCUACUUCCCUAGGCAAACAUUAUAGGGAGGAUCUAAAGAAAGGAGCUUUAAAACAGAAUGAAUCAGAGAAUUCAAGAGUUGUAAUUCCAAAAACAUUGAGGUUCGAUGAUCCAUUCGAAUCAUCCAAAAGCUCGAUAUGGACUAAUCCCGACACCAAGAACAAUCAUGUUGGUUCAUCUAAUGGGAGAUUAGCAUUUUUUGGAGGGUUACAACAAGCUAAAGGUGUUAACUAUGAGAGUAGAAAUCUUUAUCAAAGUUUUGAAGGACAAGGAUCAUCAAUGGUUUUGCAAGCUAAUCCUGCUGCAUUCUUAAGGUCCUUGGCGUUGCACGAAAUCACAUGGUGAGAAGAUGGAGAGAAAAGUUUCAAAUUACAAGUGAUUAGAAGUAAAGGAGAGGAAUGUAAUGAACAUGAUUUGUAACUUGUGAUUUGAAGAUUUUAGGGAGUUUGUGAAUACGGGUGGUCCGUCUUGAGAUUUGAGAGGUCCUGAACGAAAUAUUAAUUAUGAGUUUCUUGUUGCAAAUAUAUAUAUAUAUAUAUAUAUAUAUAUAUAUAUAUAUAUAUAUAUAUAUAUAUAUAUAUAUGCUCCUAAUUAUUAAAUAUUAAAGCGUCGUUUUUUAAAUUUUUGGAUGGAUUUUGGGCGUAAGUCCCUCUUGCCCUUUAUAGGACGGCCCUGGUUACAUGUAUAUAGGUUGCCAGAGAAAGCAGCACAAAUAAGCUAAGAGGAUCCAUUUCCCUUCAUUAUAUCCCCACUCCUCAUGUUCCCUUUGCACACCAAGGUUUAUAUAUAUAUGAUUUAUCUAUAUAUCUUUUCAAGAAAUUUUAUUAUUUGCAUAGCCAUAGGUCUUGAAGUGGAAAAUUCAAAGAAAAAAUGAGAGAGAAUUAUUUAGGUUUGUUUGGUCAUUUGUAUAGAAGAUUGAAAGGUGCAUUAGUUACAAAAAAAUUGAAACUAUUGUAAAAGUUUUUUUUAGUUUUAUAUUUUAAUUGUCUUGGUAUUUUACAUGAAAUUAGAAGUCAACAUAAAAAAAAGUUAAAAGGAGUAUAUAUUACAUAUCGCUUGACCUAUUAGUAUCUAGUAGAUACUUCUUAUUCUUGCUAAAUGCUAUGGUCGUCGAUUAGUAAUGAUAAAUCGAAUUAUCGUACAAGAUUCUAAAUUUUUUAGGGUCCAACAAUUUUUUUUUCAUGUACAAGGUUGAUAUUAUCUUAAAUUAAAUUUAGAUAUAAUUUAUAUUUGUUGUUAACUAAUACGAGUUUUUGUGAUUUUUUUAUGUAGCUAAAAAUGUAAAAAUAUGGAUUAAAUAUGACAGUAAGGGAAGCAAAUAAAAAGAUUUCUUGUGGGAACACCAUAUGAAAUUAUCUAAAAUGACAAAUAGGAAUAUUUUAGUAACAUAGAAAAUAGUAAUUAUAUCUCUAUCUACAUAAUUUGCAUUAAAAUUAAAAGAUAAUUAAAUUUUAUAAAAUAAAUUCAAUAGUUAUUUACACCCAAAAAACUGUAUAAUAUCAUUCCCAAAAAGAUGUAUGAACUAAUUUUACCACGACUUCAAUUUAGUCAAGUUCUUUUUAGGGAGCAGAAGAGGAACAAAAAAUAAAUUUAACUACUAAGUUCAUGGCUUUAAGGGACAUAAUGGAAAUAAUAAUUGACUUUAGAUGACACGUGUUUUCGAUGUCAGAUUCAA